AAACUCUCAGGUCAUGUGUUAUUGUGUUUGUCGCCAAAUAUGAGAUUUUAUAGCAAUUUGUUUGCAUUUAUUAUAAUUGAAUGGAAAUUAAUAUGCGGUCAACACAUAGACAUCGAUCCAAACGGAUAUAUAAUGUACUGUUCGUGUAUGGGUCGUUUUGGUAAUCAAGCGGAACAACUGUUAGGAAGUCUUCAAUUCGCCAAAUCUGUGGACAGGACUCUAAUCCUCCCGCCAUUCAUACAAUACAAUCACUAUAAGAUCAAUUUCAUACCAUUUGAUGAUUACUUUGAAUUGGAACCGAUUCAACGUUUCCAUCGAGUCAUGACAUUAGAAACUUUUAUGAAAUAUCUGUCGCCAACCGUAUGGCCGGAAGAGAGCCGGUCCAUCUUGUGCUACAGUUCCAGGGGAUCGCCGGAUAAGACAGACCAGGGAUGUAAUCCUUUGGACGGAAAUCCAUUCAAUUCUUUUUGGACUCAUAUCGGUGUCAAAGAGUUUGCAAACGGAUCUGUCUUUCACUCACCCCUUCUCACGGAUUAUAAAUACGCGAAGGAAUGGAAGACAAGGUUUAGAGACAUCAAAGUGUUGGCAUUUGUUGGGGCUCCAUCAGCCUUUCCCACUAACGAGAAAGCGGUCCAAAUCCAGAAAUAUAUCACUUUAUCCUCAAGAGUCACCACAAACGGUGAUAAAUAUCGUAAGGCUCGUGGUUUUGAGGGGAAGCCAUAUCUUGCGCUUCAUUUGAGACACGGAUCCGAUUGGUUAAAAGCGUGUGAUUUGCUCAAAGAAAACCCAAAUAUGAAUCAACUGUUUUCAUCGCAACAGUGCUCUCCAGUGAGCCAUCACUCGCCACACAUUCCUCUUCCCUAUGAACUCUGUUUUCCAACAUUUCACACAAUAGUCCAACAAAUUAAGCAAACAAUCAGUGAAUCUGAAGAACAAAUCGAAACCAUUUAUAUCGCAACCGAUAAUAAUAAUCAAACACUUUGGCAACUGAUCCACGAAAGUGUUCCAAAUAUGACACUCAUUACACCAACGAAGACAAUGUGGUCUUCGGGUGUGAAGAACAAAUCGAAACCAUUUAUAUCGCAACCGAUAAUAAUAAUCAAACACUUUGGCAACUGA